AUGGUUUACACAGAUGAACCAUUUGUAUACGUUGCAUGUGGAAAUACGUCCAAUUCAUCAAAUUCAGAACAAAUAUCAACCUGGAAAGAAUUGCAAGAUGCUAAUCCAAAUUUUCCGAUGAUUGAAGAGAAUUCUAUCAAUUAUGUUCCUGAGACAGAUAUAUGCAUUUUAUUUCCAAUUGCCAAGGUAACAUAUACUGGAGAGGUGCAUAAAAACUUUAAAUCAGAUUUUCGCAAUGAAAAAGAAUUCUAUAACGAUUAUUGUACAGAAUAUGGCCAUUUUUUUGUCAAUAAACUACUUGUCGGAGGAAGAUUAAUUAUUAGAAAUUUUGAUAAUGCGAAACUAGAUCAAGUUGAAGAUUUAAAAUCACAUUUAGCAUGGGCUUUCUAUGCAUCACGUUCAUUAAAAGAAAAUCCUAUGGAAAAUGUAAUAGUAGACGACUUUCUUGUCUUUGAAACAUCUGAUAAUAAUAUACAAUCGCCGAAAGAUUUAACCAAGUGGAUGAAAAGUUUAUAUGAGGAUAAUGUAGUUGAAAUCAUAUCUUAUGAAGAUGUCAUCCCUAUUUUCACACUUCUAGACCAUCAUAAAAUUAACGGAUUUACUAAGCGCUUAGUUCCUGGCAUUACGCAUAAGCAUAAAGAGCUGACUUUUAAAAAAUGGUUAAGUGAUACAUCAUCAGUAAAUUUACUACAUUGGAUUGAUAAAUUUUAUUUCUGUCACGGAGUGUUAGUCAACCAAUUUGGAAUUACUUUUUCUAAAAAAUGUGCAAUAGAUUUUGUAAAAGCACCACUAAUUACUAAGCACGAUUGUUUAUAUUUGCAAAUAAUUCAUCCCAAAACAAAUAUAGAGGAAUCUUUAUUAAGGCAAAACAUGAUAUAUGAAUCAGAUUCAAUUCCAUUUGUUGAUAUGACAACUUCGAAAACCAACGACAUGAAUUAUUUCUUCAUAAGACAUGAAAUUUUUAAAAUUUCUUUAAAACCUUUCAAAUCUUACAUUAAACCUCAUCCAGAAUUUAUACGAGCCGUAAAGGUUGCUCUUAAUAGCAUUCGUCCAUAUCAUGCACUUCAAGACGUGUUUAAUGAGUUUGGUCAUCUUUUACCACAGACUAUCAUUUUGGGCAGGCAACUCAGAAAAGUUUCACAAAAGCUAAACGACUCGGCAAAUAAUUUUCCUCAUGAAAUUUCUUUAGAGUCACCGUUAAGAGAUGAUAUUAAUAAAGCAUUUGAAGAACUAAAUAUGAAAUUUGAAUAUUUAACAAAAUCAAACGGAAAUAUACUAAAACUAAGUCAAGUUUAUGAUUGGUAUGCUGAGUAUAACAAUGACCAUAGCCUGUUAGAUGACGUUAGAACGGACCAAAUUUCUCCAUUAUACAAAAUUUUAGAUAAGGAAUUACAACAUCAAAUCGAAAUAAUUUUGGAAAAUAGAUUAAAUAUUCGAAUCUUAUUAACAGGUCUUACAGCAGUUGAUAUGAGCAAGGUUAUUAAUAUGAGCAAGAAAGAUCUCACUGAAAUACAAAUCCGUAUUGAUUUUAAUGUACAUUUAAAUGAUGAUUACUUUCAAGUUUUUGGGCAUGUUAUUGAUGACGAUAAUAAGAAAUUAGAAGGCGGAAAUGUAAGAUUUGAUCUAUUUGACUAUGAUGGGUUUUCUGCAUUUAUUAUUCUUAAUCAAGAAACAGCAAUGAAUGUAAAAAAACCUCAUGUAGCAUGGCUAAUUGUAGGAAAACCUGAAAAACUAGGAGCCUUUAGUUCACAACAUCUAAAAACAAAUAUUGACUUGCAUAAAAUGCACGUAUCUGUUUACCCAAAAACAGACUUGGUUUAUAUUUCUUUGCCAUAUAUAAUGUCUGAGAAUGACGUUGUUUUACUGAUUUCUUCGUUUGAUCCACCUCUUAACAAUCCUCCAGCACUGAGCAUUAAAAUACUAAAAUGGACAGAAUGCGUUCUUUGUUUAAAAAUGACAGGGAUAAACUUAGAUGAAGAAAUUCUAAAACUUACACAAUUAAGCUUAUAC